GUAAUCCUUGCUUCCGAUUGGCUGUUAGGUGUGUGCUGUCUGUUGCUUGGUAACGGUUGCCAUGGUUACCGCUAACGCCGUUUACCAGACCAUAAAUCCUGGUGGAGUGUUGUGCGGAUUGUACCCCCGGAGAGGUGAUGACGUCAUACCCCCAGGCCCCGCGCAGGACCGGGGUCCCCCGAGAGGUGAUAAGAUGGCUGCAGAGCCUGGACCUGAGCUUCUGCCCCAAAAACUUCCGCAGAGACCUUUGCAAUGGAUACAUCGCUGCUGAAAUCUUCUAUUGGUAUUACCCAGAAGAUAUCACAUUACAUUCCUACGAAAAUGGAACUUCCCUGGCUACCAAAUUAAGCAACUGGUCCCAGCUAGAAAAGUUUCUCUUGAAAAGAAGUUUAAAUAUUUCCAAAGAAUUAAUUGAUGGAACUAUGCAUUGCAAACCUGGUGCAGCAGAAUUAAUACUACAAGAUAUUUAUGUAAUGCUAACUAACAAACGAAUCAAAACCGUACAGGACAAUGAAGUAGACUUUACGGACUGGUAUUAUCAGGAGGGUUUACCUAUGGUCGCAAGGUCAACAGCCACAAAAUCUGUAAAGAGCAAUAUUACUCUAAGUGAAAUUCUCGCAGAACCUGAUCUCAACAUAAAUAAGCAGAAGAUUCAAGCUCUGAUGGAAUUACAUGUGCAACACAGGCAGCAGGAAAGGAUUCUUGAUCCGAAACGAUUUAAUGUAAAACCAACAAUGGGAGAACGUGCCAUUCGUCUUCCACCUUCAUCUGAACAAACAGAAGAUGACGAUAACCUGUCUAAAAGAUCCUCCUCUUCUACUUCAAGUACUUCAGAUAUCCGAAGCAAAACCAGUGUUCAGUUCAAAGAAAUUAAAGUCAAACAAGCCGAUAGAAGCUUUGUAUUAUCAAGCGUAAGCUCACUGGCAUCUUCUUUAUCAUGAAGUUGUAAUAAGUGCCCAUACACAUCCACAUUGAAAUGCAAUUGUACUUGAGGUUUCAAUAAAUGGUGUUUCUUUAAAUGUU